CUGUAGCUCACAUGGAAACGCAGCUGGAUGUUGGCGGCGUGGUGCUGGGUUCGAAUCUUCCCACCGUCUCCUAUUUUGUCAUUUUCUCCCAAUUCAUGAGCCGAAUAUUAGAACAGAUAUUAUUCGCGCUCUGUCACUGAAAAGCUGAACAGUCAGUUGUGGUGCAAUGGUCAGAGUUUCAAAUCUCUACCUCCAAGUCUUGAGUUCGAAUCCUUGCUCCUUUUUUUCUUAUUCUUUAUUUGUUUCCUUCUUUUCUUCAAUUCUCUUCAAUUUAUUUUGGUCCCAAACUUCCAUGUUUAUUUUCCGUUCUUGAAAUUGUUCUCAAUGCGUCCAAAUGGCCUCAAAAUACCUACAAAACAUAUAAAACCAAGCAUAGGACCGCUCUACACAAAUAAAACGGAAAAUUGAAAUAAAAUAUAAACAUUAAAUUCAAUUGAGACUCAAAACUCCUUCAAAAUAUGCUUAAAAAGUGUAUAAAAUAUGUGCAUAUCAUUUUCCAAUAUAAAAUGCAUAUUCUUUAAACAAGAAUUUUCUUUCUUUCACCAGAAAAUAUGGAAGCCAAUAAGGAAUUUGGUAGUCAAAUCUCACAAAAGCCGUCCAUUCCAUGGCGGACCCGCUUCGCUCUUUCCAUCGCUUCCGCCGUCACAGACGCCUCUCGCCGCCAAAACGGCACCGUCAAUCGCCGUCUCCUUAAAGUAUUCAGCAUCAAGUCUCCCCCAACCCCAAACCCCGUUAACGGCGUCAAGUCUUCCGACAUCACCGUCGACCCUGACCGCGGCCUCUGGUUCCGCCUCUUCGUCCCCACCGCCGCCGACGCCCGGGAAUCGAACUCCCUCCCGGUAAUUGUCUUCUUCCACGGCGGCGGCUUUGUGUAUCUCGGUGCCGAUACUCGUGAAUACGACGCCGUGUGCCGCCGAUUUGCGCGCAAGGUCCCAGCGCUAGUUAUCUCAGUUAAUUACCGGCUUGCACCGGAGCACCGGUACCCCGCUCAAUACGAUGACGGAUUCGAUGUGCUGAGGUUCCUCGAUCAUGAAAGUAACAGGGGAAUUUUGCCGGGAAAUGCUGACGUGUCCCACUGUUUUCUGGCCGGAGAUAGUGCCGGAGGAAAUCUGGCACACCACGUGGCAAAGCGAGCAUCGGAGUCUAGCUUCCGUGAGGUUAAGGUGAUUGGGCUGGUGGCAAUACAACCCUUCUUCGGAGGCGAAGAGCGGACAACAGCGGAGAACACACUCAUCAAAUGUGAUCACAUCAUAUCAGUGGUCCGUACCGACUGGAUGUGGAAGGCGUUUUUGCCCCCGGGGGAAGGCAACGACAGGGACCACGAGGCGGUGAACGUUAGCGGCCCCAGGGCGGCUGACAUAUCAAAGCUGGAGGAUUUUCCGGCAACAAUGGUGGUGGCGGCAGGCUUUGAUCCUCUCAAGGAUUGGCAGAGGAGGUACUUUGAGUGGUUGAAGAGGUCAGGGAAACAAGUCCACUUUGUGGAGUACCCAAACAUGGUGCAUGCUUUCUACCUUUUCCCUGAGCUCCCCGAAUCUACACAGCUCAUCGGCGAAAUCAAGGACUUCAUUCACAACCAGUGUUCCAAUUAAUAUAAUAUCAAUAGACACAUAUGUUUGUAGGAGUGAAUCACAUACAUAUGUGUCUGUAUUUGUCUUGUUGUGUAACUCUUGCAUCAUUCAUAUAAUGUUGUGUGAAUUUCUUAUUGUUUUCUUUAUUCAAUUGGAUGAUCUCUAUAGAUAUUACUUUUUUG